AUGCACUCCGAGGAGACCCAGAACGAGAAAGACGCCACGAAAGGACGAACGAGGCAGUUCCCACACGCAGUUGGGAACUUUGCAACGUCCGUGAGGAUUCGAUGUCGCGCGACGACGAAAGAGACGCGUUCGCUCUCCGAUCUCGCGCGAGACGUGCAGCGACAAGUGGUAUCGUUGUUGGACGACGAAAAAAGCAACGACACGAAGAAGAAGAAGGAAAUGAUUAAAGUGCGCGAAAUCAUCGCGCGCGGAGGAGAAGACGCUUUGCACGUGUCCUUGUCCAAAGUGUUUCCAGUGCGAAAAGAACAGAGGGAACCGUACCGGUCGCAGUUGAAAGCGAGUUUCAACAAAGCGUUUCGAACGCAUCGAGGAAGAUUCGAUUCUUCUUGUUCUUCUUCCUCUCGCAACAACAACGCGUCGUUAGAGUUGAGAGAGUUGCGCGUCUUCGUGAACGACGAAAGGACGACGACGUUUGUGGCGGCGUGCGAGAAAGACGACGGGGACGACGCGACGCGGAAACGCUCCGGGUCCGAACGCGUGAGGGAGAUGAUUCUCGCGGUGAACGAGGUGAACGAGCGGUUUGGGUUUCCGAAGUACGAAUACGAACCGCGCGUGAUACCGCACGUGUCGUUUUGUUACGCCGACGGCGAUUGGGAGGAAGAGAUGAAGAGGGCGGUGGAGGCGGUGGUAAAGGAAAGAAAAGAAGAGGCGAAGGAGGACGCGUCGGUGGUUGAAAUCACGUGUAAGACGGAUGCGGUUGAUUUGUGCAUUUCCGGAUGGGAGCCAAAGAAAGUCUUCAGUUCUGAGAGUUUACCGCCGCCGCCGAUAUGA